AGGGGGCGAUGGAGGGUACAGGAGGGCCCAGGUUAGCAGGGAGCCAAGGCGAUGACUAGUCCCGGGCGGGGGUGAAGGGACCCAGGACGCGGGUGCGCGCGCUGCCAGGUCUCCGGAGGGGCAGCGUGGGGACGGAGCGGGGAGACGGGGGCCGGGAGCCAGGGCAGACAAGCGGGGGACGGCCCCGGCAUCAGGUGCAUGGAGCUGACGCCCCCUCCCUCCCCCCAGCGUCCAUGCUCGUCACCGCCGUGACCGGGAGAUUUGGGGCAAACCCGCAGCUCCCGGGGGCGCGGCCGCCCGUCUUCAGGCCGGGCCAUGAGACCCACCACCCUCCUGGCCCUCCUGGCCCUGGUGCUGCUCUACCUGGUGUCCGGGGCCCUGGUGUUCAGGGCCUUUGAGAUGCCGAAGGAACAGCAGGCUCAAAGCAGUCUGGGAAAGACCCGGGAAAACUUCCUCCGGGAGCACCCCUGCGUUAACCUGUCCGUGCUCCAGGCUUUUAUAGAGCAGGUGGCCAAUGACCUGUCCAUGGGUGCCGACCCCGGAGACCUCACCAACGUCUCUCGCACAGCCUGGAACUUGGGCAGUGCCUUCUUCUUCGCCGGCACCAUCAUCACCACCAUCGGCUAUGGGAACAUGGUCUUGCUGACAGACGAGGCUCGCAUUUUCUGCAUCUUUUAUGCGCUGGUGGGGAUCCCGCUGUUCGGGAUGCUGUUGGCCGGGGUCGGUGACAAGCUGGGCUCUUCCCUGCGCCGGGGCAUCGGCCACGUGGAAGCCAUCUUCUUGAAGUGGAAGGUCCAGCCGGCCCUGGUCCGCUCACUCUCGGCCAUGCUCUUCCUCCUGGUCGGCUGCCUCCUUUUCGUCUUGGCGCCCAUGUUCGUGUUCCGCUACAUCGAGGGCUGGAGCACGCUGGAAGCGCUCUACUUCAUCAUCGUCACGCUCACCACCGUGGGCUUCGGGGACUUCGUGGCCGGCACGGACCCCGAGCAGUUCCCGGCCUACCAGCCCAUGGUCUGGUUCUGGAUUCUGAUGGGCCUCGCCUACUUCGCCUCCAUCCUCACCAUGAUCGGGAACUGGCUCCGGGUCGUGUCGGCGCGCACUCGGGCUGAGAUGGGCGACCUUACGGCUCAUGCAGCCAGCUGGACGGGCACGGUGACGGCGCGGAUGACGCAGCGCGCCGGGCCCGACGCGCGGGAGCCGGAGCCGCCACUGCCCGAGAAGCCGAAAUCCGGGCCGCCCCCGACGCCCCCCGCCAAGCCGGGGGCGGGGCCGCCCAGCCUGGAGAAGGCGAAGCCCCCUUCCUCGGCGCCCACGAGCUCAGUUUCAGCGCCCCUCGACUACCCGGGAGAGAACUUCGCCUUCAUCGACGAGUCUUCGGACACGCAGAGCGAGCGGGGAAGCGUGCUCCCCCGCAGCCGCCGAGCCGGCCUCAAGCAGCCCAGGAAACCCGCGCGGCCUCGCCACUCCCGCCACGGCCCGGACAAGAGGGAGCUGGCCUAGCGGGCGGCGACCCUCGGGGC